GGGUUGACAUGUUGUGGGGUUGUUAACCAAUGUCUUAAAACAAUUUGUGUACUACUGGAAAAAAAAAAUUAUGCCUCAUAGUUUGAUAAGCCUCCUAAACAGCUUUGUGGUCUAACAUGCUUAAGUAUAAACAUCUGAGAAAGGCCUCUUAACAUGAAACGUAGAGAUCAAAAUUAACAGCAACUGGGAAGAAUCAGUCUAUGCAAACAGAAGAAAACUUAAAAACAAACAAAACUUACAUUGAUCUCUUUCGAGGGGUAGAUUUUUUGCAACCAUGAAAUAAGGACAGGAUAUGCUAUAAAAGCAUAAUUAAAAAAAAAACUAGAAAGAGCAUUUGGAAACUAAAAAUACGAGAGCAGAAACAAAAACCUCAGUAAAGGGUUGGAAGUGAAGUUAUGGAAAUUCCCCAGAAAGUAGACAGGGAAAAAUCAGAGGUAGGAAAUAUCACAGAAAAGACAAGAAUCAUAAGUGAAUUCAGUUCAGGAGGUCCAGAAAAAUAGAAUGGAGAGCAGGAGGAAAUCAUCAACAAGAUAAUUCAAGAAAACUUCAGCGCUGAAGGGCUUCAGUUCUAGUUAGGAUCCAUUGAAUGGUCAACCCAGGGGUGAAAAAUAAAAACCAAAACCAAACCCACUGCUGUCAAGUGGAGUCCAACUCAGCUACUCCGUAGGGUUUCCAAGGCUGUAAAUCUUUGGGAGCAGAUUGCCACCUCUUUCUCCCACGGAGUGGCUGAUGGAUUCGAACUGCUGACCUUUUGGUUAGCAGCUGAGUGCUUUUAACCACUGCACCGCCAGGACUCCUUGGAUAAAAAAUAGACACUGGGAAGUUUCAGAACACUGGGGACAGAGGGUAUCCAUAUACAAAGGAUUAAGAGUCUGACUGGCUUAAAUCUUCUCAACAUUAAAACUGAAAGCAGGGAGCAAUGUCUUCAAAAUGCUGAAGGCAAAUGAUUUCCAACUUAGAAUUCUUUACUCUGCCAAAUUAUUAAGUGAGGAUGUAGUAAAGAUAUUUUCAGAUGUACAAUAUCUCAAUAUUUAUCUUCCCUCUAUCCUAACUCCAAAAGGUAUGGGAGAAUGUGCUUCAUGAAAACAAAGUAGAUGAAGGAGAAGGGAGACAGGAUCAAGAAACAUGAGAUCUAAUAUAGGAUAGAGGCAUAGGAAACCACAGGAUGCUAGUAAAGAGAUGGUGUAGAAUGACAGAUGUAUACUAGGUGUAGAGGGCAACCAGUCCAGAUUGGAACAGGUCAGAAUGCUCUAGGAAAAGCUUCAAGGUGAAACUGAAGCAUGUGAAUGAGCAUCUUGAGAAACAUUUAGAGAAAUGGAGGGUUGAAUUAGUGACAAGUACAGAGAAGAUGAAGCAAAAGAAGAGACAAUCAUUAAUUACAAGGAGAACAAGAAUUGUUCAGGAAAGGAGAAAAAUCAUGGUUUACCAUAUGGCUUAGUUGUGAAUUGUGUUUAUAGAGUCAUAAUAAUGCAGAGACUGAAUGUUGAUCUAACCUAGUAGUUCUCAACUGGAGUGACUUUUCUCCCAGGGAACAUUUGGCAAUAUCUGACAUUUUUGGUUUUCACAAUUGUGUGGGUGAUACUGCCAUCUAAUGGAUAGAGGCUAGGGAUGCUACUAAACAUCCUACAAGGCCCAGGACAGCCCUUCACAACAUUGAAUUAUCUGCCCCAAAAUGUCAGUAGUGCUAAGGUUGAGAAACCGUGACUUAACCAAAAUGAUGAUAUAAUUUUGUUGGGAGAAUGGAGAAAUGAGAAGGGUGUACGGAAUGGGAAUGAGAAUAGAGUUAUUCCUCAUUUACUGUAGUGGAAGUCAAUAGGAAAUGCCCCAAACUGAGAAAAUAAAUAGUAGGUGGGUUUUUUUUUGAGACACGGAGAUAAAUAAGAUUAGAUUAAAAAGGCUAGUCUUUACAGUGUUCUUUGGAUGUGUCCUGUGUGUACCACCUAGUGAUCAAUAUGGGACCUGUGUAGUGAUCUGUCUCAUAGUUCACUUCUCAAAGUUUAUGGUAUGCUGUUAGAAUCUAAUCCAAGCUUGUGCAGAUUGGGGAUGCGCCCUGAAUUCAUAAACAACUUUAUUGGUCUGUUUCCCUGGACCUCCCCUUUUUGGCCCUGUGACCAGAAAGUUACUCUGCUGUGUACUUCCUUCAACUGUGCCCUUGUUUGGGACCAAGCAGCUGGAGAACAAAGAAAGAGAAAAAGCAAUAGAAGUUGACCCUACUCUCUUGGGGCCACAGUUGUAGCAAGUGGAGAGGAAGGUUCCUGUCUUUUAGCCUCUGUGGAUCCCCCUUGCUGCCACUGUUGUUGCCACCUCUGGAAUCAUCAUGAGAUUGCUUGGGGACUGGAGUGCAAGAGAAUGGAGAAGAGAAGAAAGGGGGAGUUUCCCUUACUGACUUCAGAGUGUUAGGAGACCCCUUUAUUCCCCUUUCUUGGUCCUUGAGGCCGGUGCCACUAGAGGGCUUCUCCUGGAACUCUCUGUCCCUGCUGAUGCCCACUUCUAGGCCCCCUCUCCAUCCAGGCCUGGGAGUACUUUUUGGGGAAGGGGUUUGGGAGUGGUAAAUUUACUUAUAAUACAGGUAGUCCCCAAUUUGCCAUGUAUUUGAGUUACAAUGAACUGCACUUAAAACUGUCUCCCCCCACUUUUUUUGAUACAUCUUAUCGUUAGUAAUAUGUACUACAUACAGUGUUGCAGCCUGUAAUUUGCUAAUGUUAUUCUCAAGUGUUCAUUCACAGAUGUCCAAUUUUAUGAUUGACUGUUCAAAACACUACUGUGUAACAGAGGAAAGAAAUGCUGAAGAAAUAGUGAGGAAGACGAAGGAGAGAAGUUGUCAAAAAUUUUUACAGUGAAAGGAUUAGCCGAACUUUUUUCUAAACUAAAUCAGGAGCUUCAGUUGCUUGAAAACAUGGACCCAAAUGUUGAUUGCUUUGCUAAUAAAGUCAAUAGGCAGGUUUAGGAAGCAGUGAGAUGUUACUGCGAAAUAUAUGAAGAAAAAAAGACAAGGACCAUACAGACAACUCCACUAAUUUUCUGACUAGAAAUGCCAUCCCCAUUCCCAGGGAUAAUCCAGAAGAUCCAGAGCCUUCCACAAGUGGAGUUAUUACUGCAGCUGACAAAAUGUCAGCAUCAUUCAACUCUUCUUUAUCAUUGGGCCGAUUUAUCUUGCAUAUUCCGAGCGAGGAAAGAGACAAUGCAAUCCGAGUGUGUUUUCAGAUUGAACUUGCCCAUUGGUUUUACUUGGAUUUCUACAUGCAGAACACACCAGGAUUACCUCAGUGUGGGAUAAGAGACUUUGCUAAAGCUGUUUUCAGUCAUUGUCCAUUUUUGCUGCCACAAGGCGAAGAUGUGGAAAAAGUUUUGGAUGAAUGGAAAGAAUAUAAAAUGGGAGUACCAACAUAUGGUGCAAUUAUUCUUGAUGAGACACUUGAAAAUGUACUACUGGUUCAGGGAUACCUAGCAAAAUCAGGCUGGGGAUUUCCGAAAGGAAAAGUGAAUAAAGAGGAAGCUCCUCAUGAUUGUGCUGCUAGAGAGGUCUUUGAAGAAACUGGUUUUGAUAUCAAAGACUAUAUUUGUAAGGAUGAUUACAUUGAACUUCGAAUCAAUGACCAGCUUGCUCGUUUGUACAUCAUUCCAGGAGUUCCAAAGGACACAAAAUUUAACCCGAAAACUAGAAGAGAAAUUCGGAACAUUGAGUGGUUCUCAAUUGAGAAAUUGCCGUGUCAUAGAAAUGAUAUGACCCCAAAAUCCAAACUUGGUUUGGCACCUAACAAAUUUUUUAUGGCCAUUCCAUUUAUCAGACCAUUAAGAGACUGGCUUUCUCGAAGAUUUGGAGAUUCCUCAGACAGUGACAAUGGAUUUUCCUCAGCUGGCAGCACACCAGCUAAACCCACUGUGGAAAAAUUAAGUCGAACCAAAUUCCGCCACGGCCAGCAGUUAUUUCCUGAAGGUUCUCCUGGUGACCAGUGGGUAAAGCACAGGCAACCACUGCAACAAAAGCCAUAUAAUAAUCAUUCUGAGAUGUCCGACCUCUUAAAAGCAAAGAAUCAAAAUAUGAGGGGAAAUGGCAGAAAACAGUAUCAAGACUCCCCUAAUCAGAAGAAAAGAACAAAUGGUGUUCACAGUCAGUCAGCAAAACAACAGAAUCCCUUGAUGAAAUGUGAAAAAAAAUUUCAUCCACGAAAACUUCAGGAUAAUUUUGAAACAGAUGCUGUAUAUGACUCACCUUGCUCUGGUGAAGAUCAGUUGUUAGAACAUGCUGAGGGACAGUCUGUGACAUGUAACGGACAUUGCAAGUUCCCAUUUUCAUCCAGAACUUUUUUGAGUUUCAAGUUUGAUCAUAACGCCAUAAUGAAAAUCUUGGAUCUUUGAUAGCAGCAAAUAUGUUAUGGAAGUACCAAGAUCAGAGACCUGUUGCAUUUGAGUGUGUCUUCAAGCCUUACCUUUCUCAGGUGUUUUAAAGAAAUGCAGGGAGGCAAUGAUGUUUCUGAAUAGAAUGCUCUUUGUUCAGAGGAGAGAGUGGCAAGAAACAAGAGUUUGCACUGUAAAUGCAGUCGUAAUUUUUUAUACAGAUGUACCAUUUCAGUGUUUGGCUAACUAGUUUAAGUUACUUUUUUGAGGGCAUUCUUUCUGUGUGAUUGUGGGCUUUAUUUUGUAUUCUGGUCAAGAAAAGUGUUUGAGUCAUCAUGAAGUACCCAAGUUAAUGGGAAUCCUCCAUCUACCCAUUACAGUGAUUGCAAUAGUGAUUUCCUUAUGUUGAGUUUUUUUUUUUUUUAAAAACCCAACAAACACUUAAAAUACACAAUUAUUAAAUGAACAUGAGUGCUGAAGUAUCACAGAAGUCAAGAUUGCAGGUCAUCUUUUUUGGUGGCAUUUUGCGCAUUUAUCUGCUUUUAACCACUUAGACUCUCUAAUCCUCCUCUGCCUAGAGUCUUGUUGAAAGUUUUAUUUAGAGCCAGCAUCUGCAAUAUAAUGUUCAUGUUGAAAAUGAACUCUUAGCACUUCAUUAAAGGACAGAGUCCGCAGCUUGGAAAGGGAUUGCGUUGGAUGGGUGUGCCGCAUGCCAUCAGGAAACCAGCGAGACUGCUGGCGAGAGGGUAGCAGAGAAGUGUGGAGGCUAGGACCCAGCAGCUACUUCGGUCAUGCCUUUACCAUCCUGCCUCCAGCCCUUUUUAGUAUUGUAUUUACUACUGUAAAAUGAUUUUGUUCUUGUGAAAAUUUUUUCUAUUUUAUAGUUGUGUAAAUAUGUACGUAAAACUGACAUUAGAUUUUCCAUUGCAUCUCAAUGUUGAUAAGUAUAAACUGAUGUUAUAUUAGGUUCCAGUUAGCAGUAGUAACAGAGAAUGACACGCUUUUAUUGGCAUGCUGAAGCCUCUGGAGUGAGAUAAGAAAGGACCUGCAACCAUGUACAAAGUAUUUCACUAGGAGAGAGUCAAAACGUGAAAGUAACAUGCAUAACUCACUCCCAGGAAUGCAUCUUGUUCUUUCAGGAUUCUUAAAUCCAAAUAAGGGUGGCAGUGCACGUUUUAAGAAAGAUUUCAGCUAUAAUUGAGGACAAUCAAUCACCAGGGCUUUAAGGGUCAUUAGUGUUUCGGGUGCAUCUGACCUCAUGGAAGAUACUUUUUGUAGGGGGAGGUGCACAAGCAUAUGUGUGGGUGCAUCUGUCAUGUGGGUUUUUAAAAUCUUCUAUGUGUGGUAUCCACAAAAUAUAUAUCUCUGCUCAUAAAUGUUAUUGUAGAAAUCUUUGUUCUGUAUAGGUAGCCUGUUUAAAAGGGGCUCUAUUUAACCCAGUGGGCCUUUUAAAGGAAGCCUCUAUUGUAAGGCAUUCACUUGGUGUUACUUCGCUUUAGCUUUGAAAUGGCUUAAUUUUUAAGGCUAAAUUCUAUUUAUUAAUGAAAGUGUCACCCUUUUGGUGCUAAGCAGGAGAAUUCACAAUUUUAGCAGUUAAAAUUAGGCUAUCUAGAAUCUUGGAUCUUGUAAUGUGACAAAUUUGUGAAUCCUUCCGUGACUUUUUUUAAUGCAUUAUAUGGUUGUGUUUGGAAGCUCUGACUAUUUCCAGAAAUACAGCUCCUUUGCUUGGGUCUCCUUGAGCCAUAUUUAUAGUUGGUCCCAGCAUUCCAGAUUUCUGUCAAAAUGUUAAAGGAGUGAAAACUUACUUCACCUGGCAGGUAAAUCAUUGUCACUCAUUCACUGUCAUCUAGAAACCAUUUAAUUUUGUGUGUGUGUGUGUGUACGUGUGUGUGUGUACGUGUACGUGCACGUGCAUAUGCUUUCUAAGUGAGUACUUUGGUCAGUCUUUCUGGUGCCUAGAGUUGAUCCUUCAGCUCUCAAUACUAAA